UCCGAACCGAACAAUAUCCCAUGUUGAUGAUUUCAUUGAAUUAGCCGGCGAUAACUUGUGUUCGCAACCUCUCACACCUUGUUCCUCUACAAUCCUACACCCGACUAAGUAUAUAUCACUAUCCGCUACCUCAUCCUCAAACCCAAACCAACCCAACCCCCCAACAAAAUGACCGAAACAAGCCCCAUCUACAACCUCAUAGCCGCCAUGGAUGCCGAAGACGAAGCUACCGCCUACAACACCACCGCCGUCCCGGACGACGCAACAACAGACUACGGCGCCCGCGCCGUCCGCAGCGCCGCCAUGUCCGCAGACGAGGACGACGAAGCCCGCCUUGCGGACCAUGUCUCCGUCCAGGACUCUGCCCCAGGAGGUGGCCGGUACCAGCCUUCUGCGUACGACGACGCCCCACCGGAGGAGCAGGUGGUGUCGCAUCGUCAUCGGCAGGAGACGGCGACGGCUGGGGGCGGGUAUCAGUUGCGAGAGGUGGAGGAGCGGGCGGAUGGGUCGAGGCGCGUGCAUCGCGAGUAUGAGGAUCCGGCGACCGGGGUGACUUAUGUACGGGAUUUGAAUGGGUGAUGGUUCUCUUCUGGGGAUCGGGGGGCGGAUGUGGGAGUGGCUCUUGGGCAAGGGGUUUAGAGUAUGGUAUAGCAUUUGACAGGUUGCAGAAUAAUGUCGGGUAUAGGAUCACACGCCGUGCAUGAAGGGACGUUUGAACUUUCAGUAAAAGCUCACUAGAAUGGGAAUUCGGGGUCUGUGGUGCUUCCCCCGUAGGGGACAGACCCAAACCUUCGACAUUAUCAAUUCAAAUCACUGUAAUCAAUCCAUUCAACUCAAGCUUUUGAUAUCCCUUCCCUCCUGGCUCACGAA